GCCAUCUGAGCAGCAAAUACUGCUGCUUAGUGCUCCUCUUCUCUUUUCUUUUUGGUCACCCAAUAAAGGCAGGGCACGAUGAAGAUGCAUCAGUUCUUCUUUCUGCCAUUGUUAUUUCUCUCAGGUUUCCUGGCUGCAGAGAGCAUAAGCCCAAAUGAAAGAAAGCUGAGGAAAGCCAAACUCCCUAAAAUAAGAAAGGAGAACAGCGUACUCUUGUUGAAAAAGAGCAACUUUGACAGAGCAUUGAAGGAAACGAAGUACCUGCUGGUGGAGUUCUAUGUUUCUUUAUCUCAAGCAUCUCAGAAUGUGUCGAAAGAAUUUGCUGAAGCUGCACGACUGCUCAAGAAAGAAGCUCCAAGAAUCCAGUUUGGCAAAAUAGAUGUCACAGAUCAAUUUGAUUUGAGAAAAGAAUUUAAUAUUCAAGAGUUUCCUACCGUGAAAUUUUUUGUGGAUGGCAUCAGGGAGGCCCCUAUAGACUGCAAAGGAGUCAGACAGGCUUCGGCUUUUAUCACGUGGCUCAAAAGACAAACAGGACACAGCACAGUUUUAAUCAACUCCACCGAUCAGGUCGAAGCCAUCAUAAAUGCUGACGAUUUGGCAGUGAUUGGCUUUUUUAAGGAACUUCACAAAGACAGCGUGGAAGUUUUCCGUGAGACUGCAAAAGAUGUGCCAGAGAUGCCUUUUGGGAUGACAAGCAGCGAGGACAUCUGUGCCCAUUAUGGCAUCCAAACUAACACUCUGGUUGUGUUUAAGAAGGGAAAACCUGUGCAUAAUGAAGUACUUGAAGAUGGCAGACAGAACAAACUGGACCUCACAAAGAUAAUCAAAACCUUUACCUUGGAUUUGGUCACUGAAUAUAAUCUUGAGAUGUUGAGUGUUGUUUUCCAGACAUCUGUGAAGAUUUUUGAUGUCCCUGUUGAAAAUCACAUCCUGCUGUUCAUCCCAACGAACUCAAAGACAUUCAACACAACUUACGAAAACUACAAGUCUGCUGCUGCAGAAUUUAGGGGGAAGAUAAUGUUUGUGGUGGUGAAUACUAAUGAAACAAGAAAUGGACGCAUUUUUGAGUAUUUUCGCAUCAGGGAAGUUGAUGUUCCUGCUGUGAGAAUCCUAAAUCUCACAAGCCAAGCAAAGUACAAAAUGCCUGCAGAUGAGGUGACUGUGGAGAACGUAAGACAUUUUUGCCAGAGCUACCUGGAUGGAAAAGCAAAGUUACAUCUCUCUAGUGAAGAAAUUGCCAAAGACUGGGACAAGAUGCCUGUCAAAGUGCUCGUUGGGAAGAAUUUCAACAGGAUUGUCUUCAAUAGGACCAUGACUGUGUUUGUCAUGUUUUAUGCCCCUUGGUCCUAUGAGUGCAGAAAACUUCUGCCAAUCUGGGAUGAGCUAGGAGAGAAAUAUCAAAGCCACGAGGACGUAAUCAUUGCAAAGAUAGACGUCACAGCAAACGAUGUCCUGUCAGUUGUGAUGGAUCGCUACCCCUUCUUCAGACUCUUUCCUGCUGGACCCGAUAUCCAGGAGGUGCCCUAUGCUGGGGAGCACAACUUGGAGGCAUUUUCAGAAUUCUUAGAAGAACAAAUCAAGAUGAAAGCAGAAACAAGAGAAAAGGGUCCUUCAAGAGGAAUGAAAGAAGUUCUCAGCCAAAAAGAGACUGUAAUAACUGAGAAAGAAGAACUGUAAUAGUACAGAGAGAAAAGUGCUGAGGAUUGUGGAGAAUACUUCCUGGAAGGAAUUCAUUGUGAGAAUGAAUCAACUCAAGUGAGCACAGAACUGAAAAAAAUUAAUAAUAAUUAUUAAAUAAAAGUAAAGAAUUCAGCAUCAAUUGCUCAUUGUGU